UGGUUGUCUGGUCAAAGGUGAUGUCCUUUUCGUAAGGGGAUGUCCUUCUGCCAACGUUGCAGGUUCUGUCAAGUUGAACGAGGUUGAGAAGUCGUAGUUGUGUAGUGGACUUUUGCAUGUUAAUUAGAGCAAAGCUAUCCGGAAGAAGAAGAUGUGUGGGAUUUUUGCAUACCUAAAUUUUAGAAUCAAAAGAGAUAGGAAACAUAUAUUGGAUACACUGAUAAAAGGCCUCCAGAGACUUGAAUAUAGGGGAUAUGAUUCAGCAGGACUGGCAGUAGAUGGGGAUGAUCUUAUAUGUGAAAAUGAAUGCAUCUUUAAGACAUGUUUAAUCAAGCAAAGAGGAAAAGUUAAAGAUUUACAAGCCUCAGUGGACAGCUCAAACUUGAAAAAUGAGUUACAAUUUGACACACACUUGGGCAUUGCACACACAAGAUGGGCCACCCAUGGAGAGCCAAGCAUUGUCAAUGCACAUCCACACAGAUCAGAUGAACAGAAUGAAUUUGUAGUCGUUCACAAUGGAAUUAUUGCAAACUACAAAGAACUGAGGCAGUUCUUGACUUCAAAGAACAUGCCACCAGAAUCUGAAACUGACACUGAAUGCAUUGUAAAACUUUUGAAGUAUGUAUAUGAAAAGGACAAAAAGUCUGGAAGAAAACCCAGCAGCUUUCAAGAACUUGUUGAGAAAGUGGUUGCUCAGCUGGAUGGAGCCUAUGCAUUAGUGUUCAAGAGCAGUGCUUUUCCAAAUCAAUGUGUGGCCACAAGGAAAGGAAGCCCUUUACUGAUUGGUGUCAAAAGCACGAAGCCAAUUACCUUGGACCAAGUGCCUGUAACCUUCAUGUCUCCUUGUAGUGGUGAGCAACAAGAUCCAUCAAGAGAUGAGAAGUUGGGCAAAAGAGACGAUGAUGAGAAAUCGUUUACUCAAUUCAAUCAUGCCGAUGAUGCAUCGAUGGAGUAUUAUUUUGCUUCAGAUGCCAGUGCCAUAAUCGAGCAUACCAAUCGUGUCAUAUUUUUGGAGGAUGAUGACGUAGCAGUUGUUAUUGAUGGAAAUCUUUCUAUAAGAAGAAUGAAGCAUGAUGGUGCGUCUUUGACAAGAGAUAUCAUGACUCUACAGAUGGAACUGCAACAGAUUAUGAAAGGAAGCUUUAGUUCGUUUAUGCAAAAAGAAAUCUUCGAGCAGCCGGAGAGUAUCUUCAACACGAUGAGAGGACGAGUGAACUUUGAAACUGGUAAAGUGACCUUGGGUGGCCUACAAUCGCACAUGGCCUACAUUCGAAGAUGCCGAAGACUCAUCUUCAUUGCAUGUGGCACAAGCUACCAUAGUGCUAUCGCUACGAGACAACUGAUUGAAGAACUCACAGAACUACCCGUCAUGGUUGAGCUGGCAAGUGAUUUCCUUGACAGAAACACCCCAAUUUUCAGGGACGAUGUGUGCUUCUUCAUCAGCCAGUCAGGUGAAACCGCGGACACUUUGCAAGCGUUGAGGUACUGCAAGCAACGUGGGGCGCUUCUUGUUGGCAUAACCAACACAGUUGGAAGUAGCAUAUCAAGGGAGACGAUGUGUGGUGUGCACAUUAACGCUGGGCCUGAGAUUGGAGUUGCAAGCACAAAAGCCUAUACAAGCCAGUUCAUUUCUUUAGUAAUGUUUGCUGUAAUGAUGGCUGAAGACAGAAUAUCUAAACAAGACAGGGUCAAAGAAAUUGUCCAAGGAAUGAAAGCGCUACCAGAUAAGAUUAGAGAGGUUUUGAAACUGGAUGAGCAAAUCAAUUCCUUGGCAAAACAAUUUCACAAAGAAAAAAGUUUGCUGGUAAUGGGAAGAGGGUAUCAGUUUGCAACUUGUUUGGAAGGUGCCCUGAAAGUCAAGGAAAUAACAUACAUGCACUCUGAGGGCAUACUUGCUGGUGAGCUAAAACACGGACCAUUAGCUCUUGUGGACAAGGACAUGCCUGUUCUUAUGAUUGCUAUGAGGGACAAAACCUUCCCGAAAUGCAUGAACGCCAUCCAGCAAGUAAUUGCAAGACAUGGGCGACCAGUGAUUAUAUGUUCUCAAGGUGACCAAGAAAUCAAGUCACAUGCUUAUCGGACGCUUGAAGUACCAUAUAUUGUUGACUGUUUGCAUGGCAUCCUCACUGUUAUUCCUUUGCAACUGCUGUCCUACCAUCUCGCUGUUUUGAGAGGAUAUGAUGUGGACUUUCCCAGAAACCUUGCAAAGUCUGUGACUGUCGAAUAAAGAUCAAUAUUUUAUGGUUUCAAUAACGCUAUUGGAACGAUUUAAAGCACUAUUUUGUCAUGUAAACUUUUAGAAUCUGAAAGUCUUUAAGUAGUUCUAUUUCUUAUAAUCUAACUUUAUUCUCAAUGAAAGAUAUGCAUAACCAAUGAUGAAUGCAGGGGUUUUAAAGAAGAUGUAUUCUUAGGGAGACAUGUCCUCAAAUGGGAUCAACCAGCCACGGAGCUGCAGGAAGGAUGACAAUUUUGACAACAACCUGCCCCUUCUUGCUAUAGUUUUUCCAAAUGCUAUUUUGAAAAGUUGGCACAAUUAUGAUUCCAUGAGCUUGAUUUAGUCCAAAUAUAUCUGUUUUCUUGUUUUAAAGCCUGCCCCCCUCAGGUAUGGUUCUUGCUGAAGUUUGCCCACCCUAGCCGACAUCUAUAGCUACGUGGUUGGGGUCAACUCUCGACCAGAAUAGGCAGACUUUCCUUGCUACUGGAAUAUCAACUUAGAUACCUAGAAACGUUCCUUCGAGAAAUUAUGCCUCGUUUGAUUUAUGUUGUAGUUCCUGGGGUUAGUUUGGUUGGAAAUAACUCAGACAAAGAGUAUUAAUAGCCAAGAUUUAUAGACACCAACAUUUUAAGUAGCCAAAAAUGUCCUCCUGUCAGUGAUUUAUUCCCCCCUUGGUCUAAAUAGCUGCUCUUAUCAUUAGCCAUGCAGUAAGUAAAAGGUUUAGACUGCAGCCUUAUAGAUACAUUCAAAUGACAAAAUUAUUCCGAGUUUCACUUUUGUUUCGGUAACCUUAACCAAAGUUAAUGAUAUAGUUUUGAGUAAAUUAAAUGAUAUUUGUACUUCAGAAUAUUUUGCAUCUAAUUAAUAAGAAAUUAAAUAUGA